AUGCAUCUUAGUGCAGUUUCUCUGUAUAUACAUCUCCUUCUCCUUGAGGUCUUCAUGGGUGCUCAAGGACAACUUAAUCUCUGGGCGGAUAGGAAACUUGUGGCUCGAAUAAUUGAAUCCAUUCCGUCGAACGGCAAGGACUAUUCAAGUCUCAAAUGUCCUAGACAGCGUCCUGAUAUAACUCAACACAUACCUCCACAGCUCUUCCUCGUUUUAAACGGACACAUUCUGCAGGAGGUCUAUGACAAGAUUCUCCACAGUGUUCAUCGACCACUUCCACCACAAAUUGAAAUUAUUCGACUUAAGUGGCGCGCCGGUCUUGAAAGGUUGACCUACAACAUCUCCAUGAUCUCUCUGAACAAGACCCUUCUAUUCGACCCUCUUCUGAAUGUGGCAAAUUACGGAAUAAUUCCCGCUAUGGAAUCAGAUGUACAAAUAACUCUCGCUUGUACUGGUAAGAUGACAGGAUUUGCUGCUUUUAAACUACACUUGGACAUUCGACGUGAAUUUGAAGGCCUCCGCAAAAUCCCCCGCAUUGACUUUGUGGCUCAGAAGUAUUGCCUCAGUAAACGUAAGUCCUUACUCCAGCUAAGUCAUAAGAUGAACGAGAGAUUCAGGAAAUUUCACAUAAAGUGCGACUGCCGCGCCCAGUGCCAAAAACUCUUCCCCCCCAUGUACUUUACCAAGACCUACAGGAAGAAGUGCAACCAACGAUGCCGGCGCGACUUAAGCUCAAAGAGAGGUACCAGUCGAUAUAACUACUACUUCCACCAAAACCAGCGACAACACGUUAACUGA